GGCUGAGAGUAUAUAACUGGAUGCUCAAAGAGUCCAGACUUAAGUAUCAUGGAAACCUGGGUCUCCCCAUCAAAGGAAAAGUUUUAUAGGCGUACAUGUUGCUCAAAAAGUGAAGGGAUGGCACGCUUCUAUCAAGUAUGGGCAAGUUUAGACCCACACAACAUCAACAAAACCAUCAAAAAAUAUCCUGGGUGCCUGAUUGAAUGCCGGGAUGUUACAGAAGGUCACACAACUAAGAUUUAGCUAUAAAUACUAUAUAGCUGUGCUGUAAUUCUACUCUAUUCAUAGUGUU